UUCUCUUCUUUUUCCCUUCACCUCUACAGAAUUGCAUUGAAAAUGAUGUACAACAUAGAAGCUGGUGGAGCAAUAACACAAAAACAAAACUAUAUUUCAACAACAAGUCCAUCAACACCUCUAAGGAUGAACAAGAAUUCACAAAAUAUAUCCAAAUUGAAGCCAAAAAUUCGCAUUAUUCACAUAUUUGCACCUGAGAUAAUCAAGACCGACGUGGCGAAUUUUCGAGAACUUGUUCAAAGACUCACUGGGAAGCCAUCAGAAAAGAAGAACAACCAUAUCAAGAAAAGAUCAAGAAUUAGUACUAAGAAGUUAGUUCCCAACAAAUUGGAGCUAAUUAGGAGUGGAUAUUGUAAUUAUCCUUCAGAGUUGAUGAGAGAAAAUAUUAAAGGAGAAGAAGAAGAUAUAUGGAGAAAUGCAAAUUAUGGGGAAGGGUUUUUGGGUGGUUUUCAAGAAUUUGAUGGUUUCAUGCAAGAUUUUAAUCAACUUCCAUUACUCCCUAAUUUGGAUGUUACUACUACUGCUCAUUUGGAUGCUUAUGGAGAAACCCCACUAGCUUGAUUAACUAGAUAAUUAGCUUGAGAGAUGGAUUUAAUUUAUUUGUAUUAGUCUAAUCAUGAGUAGUAUUUGUUUAAUUUUCUACCUCUUUGUUCUAUUGGGGUUUUUGGAGCUUAACUUAAUUGAUGGUCUUUAUUAAGCCAAUUCUUGAUCAUUCCCUUCUCUCGUUGUGGCUAAUUAAGUAUCAAUCUUCAGUUGUGUUAAGUUUAAGAGCUUUGUUGUAUACUCACUGCCUUUCAGUUAUGUGGCGCACUUUCCCAUUUAGUUCAUUUCAAAAAUUAAAUUUGAAAACAAUUAAUUUGAUACUUCUCAUUUUUUCCUUAAUGAGAAACUUUUAUAGCCACACGAAUAUGACAUAUUUAGGCUACAAAUUUCAAAGGCCUCAUAGCCACACAAAUCCUGUAAUAUGUUUUAGAUCACAAAUCGUUGAGAAUCCUCUUUUUUUUUUUUUUUUUUUUUGUAUGGAUCCAAAUUAUAUCACAUGAGUUGAAACGGGGAGAGUGUAUACGAGAAUCAUGGACUUUAUUUAGCUAGGAGCAGUCUUGAUUUUAAUUCUUGUGUUGAGAAAAUGCUCUUAGUUACCCUUUGUGCUCCAUUUGGAUGCUUUUACGUGCUACUGGAUAUUUGUUUUUAAAUUCUCUUUCUUUUUGUUUUGUCUGUUCCUUCACUCAAUCACUAGGUUUUUUGUUUCUUCCUCUGUGGACCUUUUUGAAGUAUAUAAUGUCUGAUCUUACCUUAACAAGAAUUUGCAACGCAAA